AUGUAUCGGGAUCGCAUUUGGCUUUCGCAGCCUGGAGAUUGGCGAGGGCGCUUCCGGCUGCCCCGACCCGGCGAUUCCCAAGUCGCGCUGUUGCCAUGGCACCGGCACUUGUUGCGGGGGGUGGGGUGGGGGCUCCCACGGCCCGGGGCAUCCCUCCCGCGUCCAGGGGGUCCCCGCGGCUGUCCAGCCUGGCCUCCCGGGGGAAGGGGUGGGGGUCGGGCCUCUGGCUCCAACGCCCGGAACCCCACCCCCGACCCGGGUACACCCCGCCCCCACCCCCCGGGGCAGCGCCUAACAGGACUUUCUCGGUCAGAUUUCAGGUACUCGGACUCCACCUUUACCUUCACGUACGUCGGCGGCCCCAAAAGUGUAUCCUAUUCAGUACACGUAUCUGAAGACUACCCAGAUAAUACCUACGUGUCAAGUUCAGAAAAUGAUGAAGAUGUGUUAGUUACUACAGAGCCAAUUCCAGUAAUUUUUCACCGAAUAGCAACAGAAUUAAGGAAAACAAAUGACAUUAACUGUUGCUUAUCCAUAAAAUCCAAAUUACAGAAGGAAAAUGGGGAGGAGUCGAGACAAAAUAGUGCAGUGGAAGAAGACUCGGAAGGGGAUAACGACUCUGAGGAGUUCUAUUAUGGAGGACAGGUGAACUACGACGGGGAGCUGCACAAGCACCCGCAGCUCGAGGCCGACCUGUCGGCGGUCCGGGAGAUCUACGGGCCGCACGCGGUUUCUCUCAGGGAGUAUGGAGCCAUUGACGACGUAGAUAUUGAUCUGCAUGUCGAUGUCAGCUUUCUUGAUGAGGAGAUUGCUGUGGCCUGGGAAGUGAUUCGAACAGAACCUAUAAUUGUCCGACUACACUGCUCACUUACACAGUAUUUAAAUGGCCCAGUGCCCACUGUCGAUGUCUUUCAGAUUUCCACCAAAGAGCGGUUCGGAUUGGGGCACCAGCUGAAAAAUUCCUUCUACGUGAAUAUCCGCCCUGAAGGGCCCACUGCCCCCUGGGAGGUGGACGCAGAGAGGGUGCUGUGGGCCCGUCUCCGGAACAGUGCCGCCCACGCCCACCGGGCGCAGUCCUUCCCGCGGCGCCUCCGCGUGGAGGAACUGUACGGCCUCAAGCCCACCGCUGCUCGGCAAGGCCCCGCCGGCGCCCCCAAGGCAUCCCGGACCGAGUCCGCCUGGAGCCGCGAGGGCAGGCGGCUCUCCCUCACCUCAGGGCUCAUGGGCAUCCUCACGCCCUCCUCCUCCCAGCCCGCUCCAAAUGGUGCCAAAUGCGUUCCCAUCCGAGACCGCGGCUUCCUCGUGCAGACCAUCGAGUUCGCGGAGCAGCGGAUCCCCGUGCUGAAUGAGCACUGCGUGGUGUGCGACGAGCGGCACGUGUUCCUGAACGGCCCGAUGCUCAGGCCCACCGUGUGCGAGCGCGAGCUGUGCGUGUUCGCCUUCCAGACGCUGGGCGUGAUGAACGAGGCCGCCGACGAGAUCGCCACCGGGGCCCAGGUGGUGGACCUGCUGGUGUCCAUGUGCAGGUCUGCGCUGGAAUCUCCCAGGAAAGUGGUCAUUUUCGAGCCAUACCCUUCCGUGGUCGACCCCAACGACCCUCAGAUGCUGGCCUUCAACCCCAGGAAGAAGAAUUACGAUCGAGUAAUGAAAGCACUGGACAGCAUCACUUCUAUUAGAGAAAUGACGCAGGCCCCGUAUCUGGAGAUCAAGAAGCAGAUGGACAAGCAGGACCCGCUGGCGCACCCCCUGCUGCAAUGGGUUAUUUCAAGUAAUAGGUCACAUAUUGUGAAACUGCCAGUCAACAGGCAACUGAAGUUCAUGCACACGCCACACCAGUUCCUGCUUCUCAGCAGCCCACCAGCCAAAGAAUCCAACUUCAGAGCCGCUAAGAAGCUCUUCGGCAGCACCUUCGCGUUUCACGGCUCCCACAUUGAGAACUGGCACUCAAUCCUGAGGAACGGCCUGGUCGUGGCGUCUAACACGAGGCUGCAGCUCCACGGUGCCAUGUACGGCAGCGGAAUCUACCUAAGUCCAAUGUCAAGCAUAUCAUUUGGUUACUCAGGGAUGAACAAGAAGCAGAAGGUGUCAGCCAAGGAUGAGCCGGCAUCCAGCAGUAAAAGCAGCAAUGCAUCACAGUCACAGAAAAAAGGACAGCAAUCCCAGUUCCUGCAAAGCCGUAACCUAAAAUGCAUAGCCUUAUGUGAAGUGAUCACCUCGCCGGACCUGCACAGACACGGGGAGAUAUGGGUCGUCCCGAACACCGAGCACGUCUGCACCCGGUUCUUCUUCGUCUAUGAAGAUGGCCAAGUGGGAGAUGCAAAUAUUAACACGCAAGAAGGAGGCAUCCACAAGGAGAUCCUUCGCGUAAUCGGUAACCAGACCGCGACCGGUUGAAGGACCACCAUCUUGUGAGCGGGGUCUUGAAAGCCUUCCUCGGGUUCAAAGCUGGAUUUUGAACUGAAGAAGAUGAUGAAAUAAUUUAUUGUUAUUAUAAACAAAAUUAAUCCUUUGAAUACUGAUUUUUUUCUUAGUAUUUCUAAGUAUCUCAUUAAAUACCUAAAACGGUAUGAAAUUUAUCAAUUGUAGGGUUAUGGAAUCUAGGAAUAAACUCUCAACAGCACUUAAACUGAAGUUUGGGUUGCUCACACAAUAAACAGAUUGAAAAAGCA